UACCCGUUCACCAUCCAUCAUCCAACCACUCACCACCCCCGGCAACUGACAGCCGACCGCAAGACUCCAACUACUUACUUCUUCAAUCCUCAAGUAUUCUUUCUUGCUUAGCCUCUUUCAUAAUGGUGGAAAAUGUGACACGCGAGAAAGUGAGAUCGCUAUACGAGGUCGUUACUGGAGAAAAAGAGAAGCCCUUCGUCUCAAGUGAGCCCGGUUCAGAAGGAGAUAUUGAAGCAUCAUUUCUUUCAGAUUUUGGAAUUACUCUAGUUCCUUGGGAAAUCGAAACGAGCCCUGUCGAUUCUCCUUCAGUAACAUCGGUCCCGUUUACCCCAUUGCCUCUUUCAAUAACACACACCUACCGUCCCGAAAACGAUAUUCCAUUCACUGAUUACAUCCCACCGGAAGAUAGGAGUGACACCGAGGAUGAAGGGUGGUGGUCCGCUGAAAUCUGUUCUCGUGGUACGGUCCAGUCCUUCCAUACGUGGGCUCUUGCUAGUCGAAGGCUUCCGCGCCGGCAUACAAACUUAUUGGAUUUCUGCGGAGUACACCGCGUAACGUUCCCUAAUCCUUUCUUGCGUUGCUGCCCAAGAAUUGGAUGGUGUCCACCCAUUGGAGGUCACUGGGACAUCUGGUUUUUCAUUGAAUAUGAGAAGCAAAAUGCCUCAUCACUACCCCAUAUUGCCGUGGGGGCUUCCCAGCCGGUGAAUGCCAGGGAUAACUUCAUUCUAUAUGGAGAGCUUGCCGUAAUUCUUACUGUUAUGAGAGGCCGUGCCAACCAGCCAAAAGCAGAGAGUGAGGAGGAGAUGGAGAAUAUACAUGAUAUGCGAAGAGAAGAGCUUGAGGCAGCUUGCUGGAAGAGUCCAGCCUUCCCAAACGAGCAGAAGUUUCCGCUUCUUCUCUUUUCCUUUGUGGGCCCGCAGCAUGCAAGGAUACUCUGUGCUUCCAUGGACCAGACGCGGCUAAUAGUUCGGAUGUCGAAGCUUUAUAGCUUCGAGAGAAAAGAAGAAGCUCCACUUGAACUGUUCACGUCCUGGCUUUUUUCGCGCCCCGUGGUAAAUACUUAACUGUGUCUGAGUGUCAGUCCUGUGGAGUCUGAAGCCCUGGUCAACCUAUUGGUCGACUAUUCCAGCAGAAACUGCUGCAUGAGUCGAAUCGAUCAGGCCUCCAGCGAUGGACUCGCACCUCUCAGUGGUGCUGAAGUCUACUAAUAUGGGCAAUGACAUUUGGUGAAGCUACUACAGGCUCUGAAUUUCUACUUAGCGGAUUUAAAUUCUCGAGGAGGCUGGUGUGAAAUGACCAUGUUUCCUCUGGAUACUACACCUGCUUCCUAUCAGUUUGGGCUAAAUCUAACGCACAAAUUAUGAUUCAAUAUAGUGACAACUUCCAUAUACUGCUUCCAUGAUAGAAUCAAGUCUGCUAUAUAAGUAAAGUAAGUGCGAUGUUCUAUAGGCU